CAACAAAAACCCGCAGCUACGUGGGUGCUGAGGUGCUGUACGUGAUUGGCGGGAGGGAUUGUGUGUGUCUGGCUGGCUGGGAACCUGCUACUGGUUUCCCAUCUAUCCACUCACACACACACACACACAUACACACACACACACAGCCGCAGUCAGUCAGACAGACGGUCGGUCUCCCCGCAGAGGCGGCAGGCAGAGGGAACAACAAACACUCCUCCUCCCGCCUCGCAGAAACCAACAACUGCUGUAGAAGUGAAGUCGACGCGAUGUUUAGUGCGAAAUGCUCCCGUUCAGUCUGAGGAGAGAGGAGUUAUAGUGAGGAAAAAGGCUGCUGGAAGUGGGUGAAGUGUGACAGCAGCUGGAGAAAUACACCGACGGGUUUGUGGACCGCACGUGGAAAGCACCAGUGAAACACACAGAAGUGAAGGGCGGAUCUCGUCCUCUCCACUUUAACCGUUGUCAGCUGAUAACUCCUGCCUACUUCAGAGAUGAGUGCCAAGUCAGCCAUCAACAAGGAGGUCUUCACCCCCCACGAUGAGAAGAUGCUCGCAGCGGUGCAGGUGAAGCGGAGAACCAAGAAGAAGAUCCCCUUCCUGGCCACUGGUGGUCAGGGAGACUACAUGACCUUCAUCUGUCUCUCAGUUACAAAUAAGAAACCGUCCCACGUAUCCAUAACUAAAGUGAAGCAGUUCCAAGGAUCCACUUCCUUCAUGAAAAGAUCCCAGUGGACAGUUGACCAGCUACGGCAGGUCAACGGCAUUGACCCAAACAAAGACUGUCCAGAGUUCGACCUGAUGUUUGAAAAUGCUUUCGACCAGUGGGUCGCUGGAUCAGCAGGAGAGAAGUGCACCUUCAUUCAGAUUCUCCACCACACCUGCCAGCGCUACAGCUCCGCACGGAAACCCGAGUUCAUCAACUGUCAGUCCAAACUACUGGGGGGUAACAGUAUACUACACUCAGCUGCAGACAGCGUGACAAGCGCCGUACAGAAGGCCAGCCAGGCUCUGAAUGAGCGCGGGGAGCGAUUAGGCCGGGCCGAAGAGAGGACCGCGGACAUGAUGAACAGCGCUGAACAGUUCUCUGUCACUGCGCAGAAGCUUGCCAUGAAGCACAAGUGUUAAACCACUGCCAAAAUCAACUGGGGGGAGGGGGAUCAACCAAUCGCCCGUCGUUGUACAGGAGAAGGAUUCCAGAGUUUAUUCUUUUCAAAAGUUGUAAUAUGAUUACUGUUUGUUAACAAUGUUAACAUUUUGAUGUUUUGCGUUGUGUUCUGAUGCAUCUUCGGAUGGUGACACGUCGAGCUGAAGGUGACAACGAGAGGUAAACAAUCCUACAGCAGAAUGUUUUCAAGCUUCUGUUUGCCAAAAAAACCACAAACAACUCCCAACGCAGCCCCAGCUACGACUGUAUUUUCAUAACCUCAGUCAAUGAAGACACUCGCACGUCUCACAUGCUUCAACACUAAUGUGACUGCACACAUGCUGACGAGUCAUUAUCACUAAUCAGUGCGAGGCAAGCAACAGCUCGUCCUGCAGGUUAUUAAAUUGUUAUAAAUGAAUUAAACAGAGUUAUUUAUGAGCCCUGCAGUGAUUAUGCAGUCUGACUGUAGUGACUGACCCUCUCAUGGGUUUUGACUUUGAACGGAUACAUAACACGUUGCACAACUGAUGACAGCCACAGUUUAAAAAGGAUGACGCUCAAAAAGAAUAAUUACAUCUGUGGAUAAAACAACGUUAACUCCACCCUUUAACAUCAAUAAACCUUUAUUCUUACAAUGCUUUAAAUCAAACAUUCAUGUAUCUAAUGCUUCCGUCUCUGUAAGGACUUUUGGGCGUCGCAGUCUGUCGCUCAGUUGUUUUGUCUCUCAUUUCAAGAUGUAUAAAUACCAGUAUUAGUCAACUUACAGCAUUUUAUUUUAUCUGAAACCGAAGGGAGUAAUCAGAGAGAGUAUAUAAAAAAACUAAAUCCAAAUAUAAUAUUUCAGCUGUUGAGUCAGACUUGUCUUACAUUGGAAUAUAAACCAAAACUACCAGGAAUACAUUUUCCAACGUUUUUGGAAGUGUACUUGAAGAUCUCAUGUUUUAAAAAAAAUAAGCUUUUAAAGUAUCAUAAUUUAUGUUUAGGGGAAUUGGGGGUCUAAUUCAGUAAACCAGCUUCUGCAUUGUAAAAAGCAAAACGUGUGAUUCCUCACUAUUAUAUCUCGAUGUCUAUAAAGCUGAUAUGUCUCACAAACAUGGGAUGUUUUUUAAAAAUACUCCCGGCUGUUAUCUCCACUUCACACAGUGAUUAUGUGUUCUGCUUUUUGUAUACGUUGGGGUGGUCACUAUAAUGAUGUGUACACUGUUAAACACAGGGCCAAAUGUCUUCAAUGUCCGCAGCAGCAGUGUGUACUUCUAGUGUUUGGUUUGUGUCAUUUCUCUCUCACUGACCGACCCUUUUGGCUUCCUCGCUGGUCACUUAGCACCAUCACAAUCGAGAUGUAUUUGAUUCUUUUUAUAUUUUGAAUUUUAUAUAAUUCACAAUGUUACAAUGCACCGACAACCUUAUCUCGCAGAGCACUGUUGAGUUCACAAUGAAACGUUCCAGUUGCCUCACUGUUAUUGUGCUUGUAUUCCUCUUAACACUUUGGAUGUUUUAUGUUUUAAUAAAAAGAUGUGUCAAACAAA